UACCAGAGGGUGAGUUGGCCGCGGAACCAGCCAGGCAGGUCCGGCGGAGUAUAAGAGCGGGCGGGACCGGCAGCGGCCGGCGUCCUGAGACCGCACCAGACCGCGGACCGAGAGUGCAGCAGACUUCCAGCGCGCCCCGUGAGCCUGCGUCCCGUCCGCGCACCUCGCCCCACCAUGGCUCGGGGCCCGGGCCUCGCGUGGCAGUCGCUGCCGCUGCUUCUACUGCUGCUCCUGGCGGCGGUGACCGGCCAGGCGGCUGCACAGGACAACUGUACGUGCGCCACAAAUAAGAUGACCAUUUGUAGCCGAGAACACCCAGGCGGCCGCUGCCAGUGCCGUGCGCUCGGCACUAACGUCGAAGUCAAUUGCUCCUCGCUGACCUCCAAAUGCCUGCUACUCAAGGCGCGCAUGAGCGCCCGCAAAAGCGGCCGUGCGCUGGUGCGCCCCAGCGAGCACGCGAUCGUGGACAACGACGGCCUGUACGACCCCGACUGCGACCAUCAGGGCCGCUUCAAGGCCCGGCAGUGCAACCAGACGUCCGUGUGCUGGUGCGUGAACUCGGUGGGCGUGCGCCGCACGGACAAGGGCGACCUGAGCUUGCUCUGCGACGAGCUGGUGCGCACCCACCACAUCCUCAUCGACCUGCGCCACCGCCCGGCGCGCCGCGCCUUCAACCACUCGGACCUGGACGCCGAGCUGCGGCGGCUCUUCCUCGAGCGUUACCUGCUGCCUGCCAAGUUCGUGGCGGCGGUGCAUUACGAGGCGCCCACCAUCCAGAUCGAGCUGCGGCAGAACGCGUCGCAGAAGGCCCCCGGCGACGUGGACAUCGCAGACGUCGCCUACUACUUCGAGAGGGACGUCAAGGGCGAGUCGGUGUUCCCCGGCCGCGGCGGCCUGGACGUGAGCGUGCGCGGCGAGCCCCUGCUGAUGGAGCCGCCGCUCAUCUUCUACCUGGACGAGAAGCCGCCGCAGUUCUCCAUGAAGCGCCUCACCAGCGGCCUCGUGGCCGUCAUUGUGGUGGUCGUGUUGGCCCUCAUCGCGGGGGUGGCCGUCCUGGUGAUUACCAACUGGAGGAGAUCCGGGAAGUACAGGAAGGUGGAGAUCAAGGAGAUGGGGGAGUUGAGAAGGGAACCGAGCUUGUAGGUGCGGGCGGGGUGGGGUACGGGGUUCCCGCAGGUCUCCCAGGCCGGAGUGAGUCGCGCUUCUUCAUUCUGGGCCCAAAGCACACUUUUCUCUCCCUAAAUUCUUGUCUCUCUGCACCCCACCGACUUUAACCGGUCUUGGCCCCCUUUCUUUGUUGUGACUUCAGCCUUGAAGGAAGUAAAAUUCCUUCCCUUUUGGUCCAACAAGAAACCUGACUCGAAGAGUUAAGGAAAGCCUGGCAUGAGGCUGUGUUUGAGAAUCAAGUGCCUGUACGACAAGCCCGCAUCUUUACAAGUGACACCAUUAAUGUUGAAGGCUUAACUGCGUUUAGAUGGGGAACGUCGAUUUUAGUGUCUUGGGUUUCAGUUAUUUGCCCAGCUCCGCUUGGCUCGUGGCCUUCUCGAGGAGUUGUUCUCUAAUUGGGUCCGAGUGGUGUCCGCCCUUACCGUCACCUGGGAAGAAGUCGGUUUCAGCUGCCUGAGUACUUGUUAGUCGUCUCUGUUUGGGGGCCGACAGCACCUGGACACCCUGCGUCCUGCUUCCCCCACCCCCUUGUUAUUUAGUAAUGUUUCUUUUGUAAAAUGUUUGUACAUAAGUUGUCUUUGAUAAAUGCUGCUGUGAUUUUUUUUAAAAAAAAACCACAAAUUUAAUAAAAUAUGGAAAAGGCAUAAAAGAUGGAAUUGGUGAGAACUCA